GAUCUUCGUCGGACGUCAUCUUUUCUCCGGCGAGCUUCUUUCCGGUAUUGUUUGCAAGGACAAUUCCGGCGAUUUUCGGUGAACAAAUUAGAAUGAAAAAAGUUUUGUAGAAACAAAGAAUUAAAGAUGAGCGCUUCUCCUCCUUCGUCAUUUUUCUCUCAUUUUUGCUCUUCAGCUCUCAGAACUAAACCACUUAGCAAUUCAUCGGACGUCGUUCGUAUAAACUCCGGCGAGGGUUUAGUUCGCCGUCUUGGUCCUUUUGAUCUGAUUCUCCUCGGCAUUGGCGCUUCAAUUGGAGCCGGCAUCUUCGUCGUCACCGGCACCGUCGCGCGCGAUGCUGGUCCUGGAGUUACAAUUAGCUUUAUACUCGCAGGAGCAUCAUGUGUCCUUAAUGCUCUUUGUUAUGCUGAGCUAGCUUCUCGUUUUCCUGCAGUUGUUGGGGGAGCAUACAUGUAUACUUACACAGCUUUCAAUGAGCUCACUGCUUUUCUUGUUUUUACACAAAUGAUGCUUGACUAUCAUAUUGGUGCAGCUAGCAUAGCACGGAGCUUAGCAAGCUACGUCAUUAAUAUAUUAGAGCUCAUUCCCUUCCUCAAGAAUAAUAUUCCAAAUUGGGUUGGGCAUGGCAGUAAGGAGAUUUUUGGGUUUAUAUCCAUCAACCUAUUGGCUCCAGUCCUUCUGGUACUCCUGACUAUAAUCCUGUGCCGUGGUGUUGGAGAAUCUUCACUAGUGAAUACUAUUAUGACUACAACCAAGAUAGUUAUUGUUCUUGUGGUCAUUAUUGUCGGUGCUUUUGAGGUUGACAGUUCAAACUGGUCACCUUUCGCUCCAAAUGGUUUUAAAUCCAUGUUAACAGGAGCAACUGUAGCUUUUUUUGCAUAUGUUGGAUUUGAUGCAGUUGCUAAUUCAGCCGAAGAAUCUAAACGACCACAGCGGGAUCUACCGAUAGGCAUAAUUGGAAGCCUUCUUGUCUGUAUAGCACUAUACAUUGGUGUUUGCUUAGUUAUUACUGGUAUGGUACCUUACAAAUUUCUUGGAGAAGAUGCUCCCUUGGCUGAGGCUUUCAAAUCCAAGGGCUUAAAUUUCGUAUCAGUCUUGAUCAGCAUUGGAGCUGUUGCUGGGCUUACAACUACCCUACUGGUUGGUCUAUAUGUUCAGUCUCGUUUAUAUCUUGGGCUUGGAAGGGAUGGCUUGCUACCCGCAAUAUUUGCUCGUGUUCAUCCAACACGCCACACUCCUAUUCAGUCUCAGAUAUGGGUUGGAUUUAUCGCAUGCAUCUUGGCUGGGACAUUAAAUGUGCACUUGCUGUCACAUGUUCUGUCAGUUGGUUCAUUGGCAGGUUAUUCCGUUGUGGCAGCAUGUGUGAUAACUCUUCGCUGGAAGGAUAAUGUCGGUAGUCAAGUCUUAGCCACCUCGAUGUCACAUAGGCUGGAAGGCAUAAUAUGCAUUACCGUGAUUGCUUGUUGUGGUUUUGCUGCUGGAAUCCUUUUCCGUUAUGUUGUUUCAGCUCUUGCCUAUUUAUUUCUUAUUGUACCUGUGGCUAUUGCAAUCCUUGCUGCUGCAGCUCUUCGAUUUCGACAGGUACAUACAGAUCUACCAGGUUUCUCUUGCCCAUGGGUUCCAAUGGUGCCUGCUCUUUGCAUCUUUGUUAACAUAUUCUUGUUUGCUCAGCUUCACUAUGAAGCCUGGGUGAGAUUUGUCGUCCUCAGCAUUGUUGCGAUCGGUGUAUACGCAUUCUAUGGGCAAUAUCAUUCAAAUACUGUAAGUGAUCAUGAGGUCGUAACUUACCACAAAGCACCCGAAGAAGAAGCUCUAUGAAAGAUCUUGUCUACGGUGUAUAUAGAUGAUGCAUAUUGUACCCGUUAGUAUAUCCAUGGCAUGUAAAAUUUCGAAUAUCACCCUCUAGGUUAAAAGGAUGGGUCGGUAAGUUGUGUAAGUUCGCAAGUUAUUUAUCUGUAAUUUGUUAGUUUCUCGUGGUUAAAA